GAUAAAUUGACAUGAUGUGGAGCAACAAGUCAAAUGAGGUGCCUCUACAAAAUCCAAGGCAUAACCAAAACAAGGACUCUACCAGAGAGAUAGCAGUUUCGUCCUCUGAUCUGCAGAGUAUUUGCUGAUUUGCAUUAGGAAUUGCCAGCCUAUGAUACAGUUGCCAAGAUGGCACAGAGACAGAUUUUUUGGAAUGCCAUAGAGGAGGAGCGGUGCAGGAACAGAAGUUGGGAACCAUAGGCUCUUGAAAGAAGUGAAGGAGAUCCUGAGAGGCAGUUGCUCCUGACUCUUGCUCAGUUCCAAAGUGGUGAAGAGCUAAAGACACUUGAAUAGCAGCAGUACAUCACAAAUCUAACUGCAGCAUGGGCUACUUUUUCUCAGACUAAGGCUGCUCUACGUCAUAUAGAGAACAAAUUGGAAAUAGCUCCCACCAGCACGGCCGUAUUUGAUUCUGUCAUGGAUGCCAAGAAGCCCUCUGCUAGCACUAGCAGGAAAAUAAGCAGAAAGGCUUCCCGGUCCUCCAGCCAAAACAAAUCAAGCAAGGAGAAGUCCUCACGCAGCCCUCUUCGAGCGACCACUCUUGAAAGCAAUGUGAAAAAAAGCAAUCGUGUAGAAUUUCGUGAACCUUUGGCUUCAUACAGGGAUACGUAUAGUUCUCUGUCUUAUCACAGUUCCAGCCAACUUGAGGCCAAGCAACUACUCUCUACUUUGGACCUCAGUGAAGCAGAAGGGAAGACUGAAAUAACAGGCCGUAUGAUGCAUGACCGAGAUGAACGGGGUCUGCACAGCACAGAUUUUGAAAGCCCGUGCUCCUCUGCUGCAGAUGAGACUGUUGUUAGGUAUUUGAAUGACCGACCAGCAAUUGAUGCCUUGCAGAACAAUGAGGCAUUUCUUAAGGUUGCAACACCUCCAAGACUGGAAGAGGAAAAAAACAGUGGCUCCAGAGGAGAUGACAGUAGCACUAAAACUCCUCAGAGUACCACAUCCCAGGACAGUGAACUGAAAGUGUCUUCCCCUUCUGCCACGAGUACUUCUAGUGCUCAUAGGCUGGAAAUCUUGAAACGACGGCAGCAUGAUGCAAAGUUGGAGAAGCUGAAGGAGCGGAUUCGAAAGCAGUGGGAGCAUUCUGAAGAGCUAGGUGGCAGAGGGCAGCACAUGGGAUAUCCUGAACAACCUGUCGUAAUCACAAAUGUGGAGAGUGCGGUGACUCCCAAAGUCAGGAAAGUGGCAGCUGCACCUGCUGCUCCAUCGUACAGAGGUUUCAAUCCUGCUGCAACAAAGAUUCGCGCUCCAGAUGGAAAGAUCUGGCAUGAGGAAGAAUUUCACAUUAGUCGGGAGCUAUAUAGAGAUAUAGCACUCCAGUUAACAGAGGAUUCAACAGUGAAAGGAAAACCUAGUGAGAGAAACAAAGAGAAAAAAGCAACCAGACCAGUGCGGAAAGUGCAAAAACUGACACGGUUGUCAAGUCCAGAGUCCAAACAAGGUGGAAACUAUGUCAUAAGUGCAUCCUCCUGGCGGGAGGGACAAAAGCUAGUAAAAAAGAUACUGGGUCCAGCUCCCAGAAUAGAACAAGACAGAAGAGCUGUAUCUAGUGACAGAACAGGACGAGAGAGAGCUGUCAAGUCUGCAGGCUGCAUUGGAAGGACGGGUUCAGAUUCUAGACUGGAUGUUACCCAUAAAACCUCUUCAAGAAGUUCUGAAAGGUCAAGAAGUAAAGUACGGUCUGAGAAUAAUCUGAAGAAACUGGAAGCUGCUCUUCCAGAUGAUAACAGAGAAGAUCAUGCCUCUGUAAAUAAGGACUUCCUGCCCAUGGAGAUACGUGGAAUUCUUGAUGACUUGCAGUUGGAUUCCAUGAGUACAAAGCAAGAUAAAGAUGUGGAAAAGCAGAAUCAGAAAUCUGUUUUGCUUACACAAAAUGCCAGGAGCCACAGUCCAACCAAAAGGAAACCGGACAAGAUAGCUGCCAGUGAGGAGCCUCAGGUGAUCUCUAAGAAACGUCACUAUGAUACAGAUGAGGUUCGUCAAUACAUCAUUAGGCAGCAAGAGGAGAGGAAGAAGAAGCAGAAUGAAGAGAAGAAAGCACAAAAGGAGGCAACAGAACAGAAGAACAAAAGGCUCCAAGAGCUCUACAGAAAGCAGAAGGAGGUUUUUACUAAAGUGAAGAAUGUGCCUCCUCCUGAGCCUUCAGCAGCCAAACGGUUACAGGAAACCUAUUCUAAACUACUGCUGGAACGUACGUUUUUAGAAGAGCCACCUCAGCUGCCUACAGUGCAGGAAACACAGCCCAGACCUGGUUAUCAACCAUCUGGGGAAUCUGACAAAGAAAACAAGGCUCAAGAGCGUCCUCCUAGUGCAUCUUCAAGUAGUGACAUGUCGCUUUCAGAACCACAGCAGCCGCUACUGAGGAGCGAUUUGAUGGAGCCUCCAUGGGUACAGCCAGACAGGUUGAGCCCAAGAGUCCAGCUCUCUCACCCGCAAGCUCUCAUGGGCUCAAGCGGAGGCCCUUGCUCCCAACACUGGAGUCUGGAGCAGAUGGACCUUUUGUCAAAGGAGUGUGAUGCAGUGUUGGCAGGCAGGAGGAGCCAUGCUGCACCCAUGGGAUCGCUGACCUUGAUGCCUCAGUCAUACCUGAAUUCACCCGCUGCACAGCAAAAUCUCGUGGUAAAACCUACUGCUAACCAAUAUAAGAGCAAAUUAGAUCGGAUUGAAGCUUUGAAAGCUACAGCUGCUUCCCUUUCUAGCAGGAUUGAAAGCGAAGCCAAAAAGUUGGCUGGGGCUGGUAUCAAUUACGGUACCAUGUGGAACUCAGACCAUGAAUUUUUGCAAGAAAACCAGGAUGAUGGGCGGUGGGCAAAGGCUGCAAGUCCUCCUGUGAGAGAGGAAAAUGAAGAUACUUUUUCGGUCAGAAUUCAAAAGAUGUUGGGUACCUGUGUGUCUCAUACAGCCUUUGAUGACAGCCUUCCUGGGGUCGGCAACCUUAGUGAAUUUAAAAAGCUCCCUGAGACGAUCAGGCCUCAUACUGCUGCAGUGAGUCUUGGAAUGAGGUCCCCUGCUGCUAACAGGCAUGAGAGGGUACUAGGACAUUUAUCUAAGAGACAGAUUGACUCCCCAGGGCGUGAAAACCACGCUUACACUCUGAACAAAGCUGUAAUUCCUCAUGAGUCCAGCAUCGACUCCAUCAGCGAAGGGCCUCUCCUGAGUGAUGGAUGCCUCUCUGAAGAGGAAGGAGGCCAGCACAAACAGUUGCCGCUGAAGAUGCUGGAGACAUUGAAAGAGAAGGAUUUCUGCAUUCGGGAGAGAAAUGCUUUUGAGCCCAUAAAGGAGUUUCAGAAAGAAGCUGAGAAUUAUUUGCCACUUUUCACUCAGACGAGUGGUGCACACAGCAAGGGCCCAUGGGAGGAACUGGCAAAGGGAAGUCCCCACAGUGUCAUCAACAUCUUUGCAAAAAGUUAUCAGCUUCAUGGAAAAGCGUUCGAUGAAAGGUCAAAUGGAGGGUCUGCCCUCCUGCGCCCUUUACUCCCUGCCAUGAGCCCUCCAGAGAGUGUGGUUUCUUAUGAAGAUGAUUUUGCCUCGUCACAGGGAAGUAGCACGUUAACAGACAAAAAGAUUGCACGUGACCUCAGUGUUGCUGGCAGCAGUAAUUCGAGCAUUCAGGAAGAAAUUCCUAGUAGGAAGUCUCCCCAUGAACCUCGAUCUGUAGAGCUUGCUUCUCAGCAUUCAUCUGGACCACGGUCUGCAGCGUCUUCUCGCUCAUCUGCUUCCUCUAAAAAGAGAGGGAAAAAAGAACGGUUGGACUCUUUCAACGGAAGUUCUCACCACUUUCCUGUGGAAGAAGAUAAAAUGCUAUCUGAAUUAGAGUGGGGAUCCCAACAGGCAAAGAAGUCCUUAUCGAGUAGCAGAGUUUCUAAUAAAGAUCAUGAGCAGAACCCAGAUACAGACAGCACACUGGAAAACUUGUCUGGACACUCCCUGAUGAGUUUCUCAGACAAGGGAAGAUCCCAGAAGACGCCGACCUCUUCCCCAUCUCCUGGUUCCCAAAAAAAGUUGCAGUUUGAUUCCAUAGGCAAUUCAGCAGAAAGAGUCAAGUCACCUGCUGGCUUUUCUGGAAGUACAGCAUCAGGGCUGAAGCCUAGCAUAGCCUUCCCCGACUUGAGUCUGGGAACUAGUAGAUCUGUAGCAGCAGCAGCCUCAGCAAGUGGAUGUAUGCGCUUCUCCCCUGCUGGUCUUCAGCAUCGUUUAGCAGCAGAGUUGAACUACCUUAGUGCCAUUGAGGAGUCUGUGCGACAACUUUCAGAUGUAGAACGAGUACGAGGUAUAUCACUUGCCCAGCAGGAGAGUGUUUCUUUGGCUCAGAUUCUAAAGGCACAGCAGCAGCGCCAUGAACGGGACUUAGCUCUUUUGAAAAUCAAGGCCGAACAAGAAGCUUUAGAAAGUCAGAGACAACUGGACGAGGCAAGGCAGAAGGCAGCUCAGGUAAUGCUGCCCUUCAAAAAAUGUGGAGUGUGUAAGAGGCAAAAUGCUGUCCAUGCAGAGUCACUGCAGCAUCUAGUCCAGUCACGGCAGGAGGUUGUACAAGAGACCCCAUGCAAGGCUGCAGCCAAGCAGGUGGAAACUGCACUUCUCACUACAGAUGCAGCUCACCAGAUUCAUGAGAUGACAGAGUUAGCACGAACCCAGAUCUCGGAUACUGUCAGUGCUCCAGCUGCUCCAGUCACCACCUUGUUUGACCACCAGCGGCAGCAUCAUUCAGAGUUCAUGAAACAACUGAGAGCCCGAAGUGAUACAACCAGGAAAUGUGAGUCUGGUGCCAUAUCACAAGGUAAAGACGAGACAGGUGACUCAAAACAGAUAUACUCACCGAUGUUUGAUAGUUAUUCAGAGUCCUCAAGAUCAAAGGUUCAUGAUCAGAGUAGUACCAGCAGCCGCCAAGAGAGUCCUUCAGUUCCAUCUUCUAAGGAGAAUGAGAAAAAGCUUUCCCGUCGUGAAAAGACAACUAGUAGUAUUGAAGAGCAGGCUCAUACUGGUGUGGAUGAUUCCUUGCCGAGUGAUAGUAUUUUAUCACUGCCAGACGAAAAAGAUUCUGCUUCUGUUGCGACAGAGUAUUCUCUGAAAUUUGAUGAAUCCAUGACAGAGGAUGAGAUUGAGGAAAAGUCUUUUCGGUCUUUGCUGCCCUCUGAGAGUCAUCGCAGAAAUAACUUGGAGAAGAAAAGGGGUAAUCGUGAUGAUUCUGAUGAGGAAGUCUCCCCAGAAAAAACAGCUCUGUCAUCUAUCAAGGAGCUAAGCAUGCCAUUCUCAGGAGGGCAAGAUAGUUUCUCUAAAUUCACCAUGGAGAUGGUAAGACAGUACAUGAAAGAGGAAGAAAUGCGAGCAGCUCAUCAGUCCUCACUGCUUCGGCUCCGGGAGAAGGCUCUGAAAGAGAAGACCAAGGCUGAAUUAGCUUGGCUGGAACACCAAAAGAAGACUUUGCUUCCACCCCACCCCUCCCUUAUUAAGUAUCAAUGGUUGAACUGGUCUUCUGACAUCAGUAAUCUAUACAAAUGUCAUUGUCACUUGGAAAGAACAGAACCCAGUUUGCAUUUGCGAGACAAGGGAGAGGAUGAUAAAAUGCCUCCUAUUCGAAAGAGGCAGCGUGGUCUGCUGUUGAGAUUACAGCAGGAAAAGGCAGAAAUUAAGCGUCUUCAAGAGGCUAACAAGGCUGCUCGGAAGGAGAGACAACUGAUCCUUAAACAGCAGGCAGAAAUAGAAAGAAUCCGUCAGACUACAAUGAAACUGCAGGAAAAACUAAAGUCUGCAGGAGAAAACAAGCUGGAACUUCACAGUGAGGAUGACAUCAAGGAGAGCAAUGGUUCUAGCCCACUUCCAACUGAUGCAGAAACACGCAGCCCUUCCCCAAUCUCAAUCUCCAGCAGUGAGACUAGUAGCAUUAUGCAGAAACUUAAAAAAAUGCGCAGCAGAAUGGAUGAGAAGUUCCUAACUAAGCGAGAACAGAAGCUGAUGCAGCGUCGACAACAUGCUGAAGAAUUGUUGGAGUGGAAACGCCGCCUGGAUGCAGAGGAAGCAGAAAUACGGCGGAUAGAAAAGCAGGCUCUAGCUGCCUGGGACAAAGAACUGCUCAAAACCAAAAUAGCCAAGAAAGACCUGGGGGAUCAGAGAACUGAGCCUAAAGAAACAGCUAGUGAAGAAGAGUCUCCAGUGCCUUCUUGCUCUCAUCUGAACAGUGAAAGCUCUAUCCCAGAAGAUCUUGGUAGUCUAGCUGCUGAGUCUGUCCCAUCGGAGACUAUGGGCCAUGGUCAGCCAGAAAGCCCAUAUCAGAGUACAACUAAUGAAGAUAUGGUUUAUUCUGAAGACUUCAAGUCCUCUACCUCACCUGGCAAACUUUCUCCUCCCAAAAGCAGCAUAUCUGUAUCAAAGCAAGAUUCCAGCAAAAGCAGCCAUAGAAGUGGAGGACAGCUACGGUCACCUGUGAAGUCUCAUCAGAUAUCUCACAACUGGUCUGAUGAAUCUUUAUCUAUGACACAGUCAGAAACCACAUCUGAUCAAAGUGACAUUGAAGGACGGAUCAGGGCCCUGAAGGAUGAACUACGGAAAAGGAAGUCCGUGGUUUACCAGCUGAAAAAGGAACAGAAAAAGAGGCAAAAGGAGAGACUGAAAGCCCAGGAAGCCAGUUUGAUCAAACAACUGGAGUCUUAUGAUGAGUUUAUCAAGAAGACUGAAGCAGAGCUGAGCCAAGAUCUGGAAGUAUCACCCACAGCCAAACCUCAGAUUAAAACUCCAUCCUCAACUGCUGCUGAAAAACCUAGGAUCAAGGCACCACCCCUCCACAGACCUGAGACAGCUAAAAACUGGAAAUCACUGGCUGAAUCAGAGCGAUCCAGAGCGUCUUUGGAAUCCAUUUCAGAACAUGCAGAUGCUGUGUUAUCAAGAGCUGAGCGAUCUGUGUCUGUGCACACCAAGAAGGUGGCUGUGACAGAUGUUCAUGCAGAACCUUCUGGAACAUCUUCCUCUAUUUUAAUGUCACCAAGGAGUUCCAGAGUAGGAUCUGGUGAUUCCUUAGAUAAUGUACCCUCAUCAUCUCUUCUCAAAGAUGUGAAAGACACUAGCAGGAUAUACCAUGGGUCAAUGAACAAUGUGGUAAAUGCAUCCAAUGAUGAGACUGCCUACAGUCAUAAGUCUGAGAUACAGGAAGACUUGGAAUACGUAAAGUCCGAGGAAUAUGAGAUUGAAGGUUCUCAUGUUAAGCCUUUGGAGAGUUCUGAUGUCUUGUUGACAUUAGAUAAAGAACAGGAGAGUUCACUGGACACACUUCCAAAGAAAAUCCUCUGUUCUGAAGACGAACACUCUCAGAAGGAACUCUUUGGGUUUGCUGUGGAAAGUCUUCAUGGUACAGAAGAAAUCUUAGAACAGAGACUGGCAGAUAAAGAUGCUGUAACCGGCCCAAGUGUAGAAGAGUCGUCUUGCAAACUGAGCAAAUCAGCAGAGGAAAAAAGUUAUCUGCUUUCAGAACAACUCUUCAGUCAAAAGGAGCCAUCAUACCUUGAAGACUUUGAAGGAUCCUCUUCCAGAAAACUAACAGCAGUUGAAGAAACGCUUCCUGGGGGAUGUUACAAAGAGGACUUUGAAGCAUCUCUUCUCUCUCCAAAUGGGGAUGGUCAGUCACUGACAGAGCAGUCACAGCACACACAAACCACCAGAAGUAGAUCCACCAGCCUUGGCAGUGAUGGCGAAAUCAGUGAAUACCUCAGUGACAGGUCCCUGUCUCUCUCUGGCAGCAUGCAUUCAGAGAGGUUAUUAGAACUUAAGUCCCCAACAGAACUCAUAAAAAAUACUGAACGCAGAGAUGUGGAGCAAGAACAGGCCCGUACCGAAUCACCACUCUGGGCCUCUAUUUUGAUCACAGAAGAAACAGAUAGUUUGCCAAAUUUCAACAUUGGUGAUAGAGUACUUGUGAGUAAAGUCCAACCCGGAACAUUGAGAUUCAAAGGUCUGACUAAGUUUGCCAAAGGGUUUUGGGCUGGCGUAGAGUUGGAUAAACCUGAAGGGAACAAUAAUGGAACUUAUGAUGGUAUUACAUAUUUUGACUGCAAAGAAAAGCAUGGUAUUUUUGCUCCUCCUCAAAAAAUCUCUCACAUUAUGGAAAGUAUUGAUAGCCAUUUAGACACAAAUAAGGAUGAAGACUCAUUCUUCGAUGAUAGACUGGAGAAGCAACACAAAGCAGAGCAGAAAGACAAAGGAAGUUCUAAACCUAGCAAGGAAGAUGAACCACAGAGCAGAGAUGCAACAGAGAACUAUUCCCAGGAUAAAGCUCCUGCAGACACAGCUGUUUUGGAAGCCUCAGCUGGGGAAAGGGUUGAUGAAGAGUCAUCUUCCAAAGCGAACAGCAUAAAGAUUUCUGUAGCUACUGAAUCAACUGCCCAAGAACAGUCAGUGGUGGAUUAUCUGAAGCAUGCUGUAAAGGAGACCAGUUUUGCUUCUCUCAUUUCUGGUGAUGUGGAUGAGAUUUCCACUGUUCAGUUGGAUGACAUCUCAGAUUUCCUUUCUGAAAAACUGGAGAGGCAGAAGACACUGGGGGAAGAAUGUGCUGAAAAGUUAGAUGAUCUCUCUCCUGGAGUUGUGGAGAAGCCUGCAACUCCACUUCUGGAUUUGCUGACAAAAGAAAAGAACCAGUUAGAAGCCCAGCUUAGACUACCACUUAGAGAGGAAGAAAAGUCAAAAGACCAACUGGAAAAGGUCAGUUUGCUGACAGACAGCCUACUUAGAGAUUUUGUGAAAGACACAGUCAAUCAGUUACAGCAAAUAAAGAAGGUCAGGAAUGAGAAAAUCCAGCUCAGCAACCAGGAGCUCUGUGAUGUGAAGGAGGAAUCCGGUACCCCAUCCCAGCAGGUAGAAAAGCAGAUUUCUGACGGACUGAAUAACUUUUUUCUAAGUUCCGAUUUGGAAGAUGAACGAGAAGAACUUUCCUCUCCAGACAUGUGUCCCAGACCAGAGAGUCCAGUAUUUGGUGCCAGCGGUCAGGAAGAGCUUGCCAAGAGACUGGCAGAGCUGGAGCUCAGUCGGGAGCUCCUUAGUGUGCUGGGAGAUGAUCAAGACUGGUUUGAUGAGGACUAUGGCCUGAGUUCCCGUAAGGUCCAGCAGAAGCAAGCUGAGGAACCAGCAGUGUUGCCCAAGGUAGAACCACUGAAAGUGCCAACAAAGCUGUGUGAGGAGCCUUUGGCAGUCCCUCAUACUGCAGUGGAGGUGGAAGGUAUGGUGCAUGCAGCAGCUGAGGAACUCUGGAAACUGAAAGAACUGGGUCGUGAUCUUCAAAGUUUCAGCUUUCAUACAGAUCUUAGGAGUACCCUCAAAGAGCAGGACACAGACACGAUAAACAAGCAGGUUUAUCAAAAGGUGGUAUUUGAUUUAACAAGAGAGAUCUUUGGGGAAAUCUUUGCUGAGGAUCCUAAUCUAAAUCAGCCUAUUUGGAUGAAACCAUGUAGGAUCACAUCUGCUUACUUUCGCCGAGUAAAAGAUCCAAAUGAUCUGGAUGAAAUCAAGAGCUUUAUUGCAGCUGAAGUACUGAAGUUGUUCAGCCUGAGGAAGGAGCCUAAUCACAAAACAGACUGGCAGAAGAUGAUGAAAUUUGGGCGGAAGAAACGAGACCGAGUGGAUCAUAUACUGGUGCAGGAACUUCACGAGGAAGAAGCGCAGUGGGUGAACUACGACGAGGAUGAACUGUGUGUAAAGAUGCAGUUGGCAGACGGGAUCUUCGAGGCCUUAAUCAGAGACACUGUCGACGUACUGAACCAGAUAAAUGAGAAACAGCGAAGGUUGCUGCUUGUCUGACAGUGCUGAAAAUAAACUUAGAGCUGCGUAACCACUGAGUCACGGGCCUUUCUGACUCCCGACGUACUCUCCACCCUGCAAGCGCUGCUGCUGGACUUCCAUGCCUGGGGUUUAAAGGCAGUUCAGAACCUGAAUUUGCAUCUGCUGCCACUAGAGACCUUGCACCGGACUUACUGUUUGGAACAAGCUGAUCACCCACUCACUCGAGGCUGUAUUGUGGAGUGCUCAAGACUGUUCGUGUGCCAAUGCAGUUAUGCCACAUAACUAUCAGCAGCUGUCUCGGGCCCCAGCCUGGCACUUUGAAUUGUUCAGCUUGUGCUCUGAAAGGGUUGGGUUAAGUCGGGAUAUUGGCUGCUUUGCUGGAAUGGCUGUCAGCCAUCAGUACUCAACUUGAUUUUAGAAAUGUGAGUAAUUUGGAGAAGAAACGGUUUGGUCAGGUUUUAGUCAUAAAUGGAGACUUACCGUACUGAACAGUGUUAAAAUCUUAACACCUCUUCUCCUGCAGCCCCUACAAUGUGCAUCAGUUUCUUCUGCUCCAGAGCCUGUUUAAUUCCCUUCUCUGUGAAGCUGGUUUUCAUGUUUCUUCUGUGAUACGGUACCAAGUAUGGUGCCAGCCAGUCCAGGGAAAUUAGAUGACGUUGCUUUCUGCAUUCAAGUAAAGAAUUCUUGCUGCUUUUCCUAUGUGACUUGCUUCAGUCCCGAGGUGGAGCAAGAUAAAGGCCGCCUAGUGUCAAGUGUGAAAGAUGAGCCUGUGGACAACUUUCCUCCUACCGUGUAGCACUUCUCUUCCUGGAGCACCAGCUGCUCCCAGAUACUCAGGUUUUUCUCAGGCACGAGACAUGCAGGAGUGGAAAACGUUUCCUCACAAAAGUUUGGCCUUCAAUCCCUCAGCUUCCUCCCUUACUGUCACCUAAUCGGAGAAGCCGUUACUUGAACAAUUUAGAGAACAGAGUGUAUUCACCAAAGAAAGCAGUGUCCGGUGCUCGACUGUCUGCAUGUUUUGUGCUUGUGGGUUUUUUAUUUAUUUUCAGAUAAUUUAUUAAGUGGGGUAUAGGAGAGUGUCCUGUGCAGUUGACUGCACUGUCUUAUGUUUUGAGACAGCCAAACUUCAGAAAGCAUCUGUUCUGGAAACUUCCAGAGCCCCGUAUUCUUCGCACAAAACCUCCAGCUUUUUGAGACAGAUACAUGGCAGGGAGGUAAGAAGAACUAAACCUCAGUGACCAGGAGUGGGAAGCAAAGGUAGGACUAGGAAUGGACCUUCACCGCACCUGGUUUCAGAGAUAAUGGAGAGUUGAGGGGAUUGAGCUGAAAAAUGAUGUGAAACUUCCCUGCUCCAUCUAUUUCCUUCCUUUCCCAGAACUUCUAGGCCAUGGGCACCUGUUAGUGGUCGAUUCAGCGCUGGGUUCGACUGCAGCACCCUUCUGCUGAGUGUUCAUUCCUAACCUGUCCCUCCCAUUCUUGUGUUUUUCUUGGAGGAACACAGACAAUCUGGGGUCGAAUGCUGAUGCCUUAAUAGUGGAUGUCCCUGUUUGCUAACCUGGGACAAGACCCAGAGGAGAGUCACAUUCUCCAGACACACUGGAGUGCAGAAAGACACUUUGAAGUCCUCAGAGGUGCCCCAAAGAUGCUGCAGCCCACAAUAGGCGUGGCGGGGAGAUCUCUACAGUUUUAUUCAUCUGCUUGGUUCUUGGGCUUCCUGCUAUACAUACCUCUGCUACUGUUCCAUUUUAUUUUCUCUUUUCCACUUUUUUUUUUUUUUUUGGAAAGCUAUCAUUGGAAUAUUUGCAUUUUGCACAAUGACACACAGCUGGUAAUUCUUCAGGGACAGCACUGGGAAAUGUUGGAUUUGUCAGAAGUCCAUGCAAAUUCUCAGAUGUAGUAUUGCCAGCACCUCGCUUGUGAGUUAAUGGUGAGCCAUAUUCAUGGAAGCUUAACGAGUGGAGGAACAAGGAGGUGGUCAUGGUGUAUCAGAACACCUCCAGCAGGCAUAUACGUGUCUGUCCUGCAGUAGUGGCCCUUCUGGCUGGCUGGAAGUCAGAUGGUCUUGGUGAAGCAUUGUUCAGCUUCUUUCUCCCCAAGUGAUUCAUUUGCUCACGUAAAAUGUCAUGAUGCUGAACCAGGAAACUCUCGAAUGCUUAAGAUAGAAGCAAACUAAAGCUGCUGCAUUUAACCAGCAUAGUGUCACUGAAUGGGUCACCGCCUCAGAUUCCCUUUCCUGGGUGUAUCUUCUUCAAUAGCGAGGGUUGCUAUUUUUAUAGGUAGCAGUUAUGGAAAGAAGGCAGACACCUGCAGCGUAGGUUUGUGGCUGGAGUAUCAGAGAAACAAAGUUAGUUUCUGUCCUCUGCGUACCGUGGCCAGUGUUGAGACGGUUGCCCUGCAUCCCCGAGGCUUUUCAGCUCUUCUGUGGGGCUGGCGUGGCUUUUCUGGUCUGUCCACCAGCAGGGAGAAGGUUGUACAGUUGGCCUGCCAAGGUACCAGGGACUGUUGGCGAUUGUAUGCCUGUUGUCUUGCUGGCUUGAAUAGCACUAGUUUAGUACCCUCAACAGAAGUAGUAGCUGGUUUUACAGCUGUUUGGGCAGAAGGAAGCUGUGUCUAAGGUAAUGGCUUUAUUCCUUUGCAAACAUCACUGUUUAUUUUUGGUAGAAGUCCUUGCUAGGAGCAACCCUAAAAAGAUUUGAACAUACGUGAAUUAUCUUCUCAAUACCUCAGGUGUGUUGAGUUACUUUGCGUUGAGUGUAUACUCAAAACCUUGAGUGUGUUGAGUACUUGUGGACUGAUGCUUACUGCGAUGAAGCAAUGGUCUGUCUGGGUCGUGGCUGGUAACAAGGAGGUGUGGGGACUCCUGGAGUCUCACAAACAGAGGCUGAAUUCUUUAUUUCUCUCCUCUCCUCAACCUUCCCGUUAUAAGAACAAGAUGGUAUUUCUGGGUCCUGGUUAUCUUGGUGCAACCAUGUUAGAAGAUUCAAGGCUGAGACAUUUUUCUGAGACCCAUAAGCUGUUCGGGGCAGUGGCUGUCAUCGCUGGGGAGAUGCGGUUCCCUCUUCAGAAGAGUCUCGGUGCCAGGUGGGAAAGCCCAGGCUUGUGAGGACAAGGAGCGAGUACCUCUCUCACAGCAGGAUGCUCCCUGAGCCGAGCUGUGGAAUUCUGCCUUUCAGAAAAGGCUUGUUGCUCACAAGGUGGAACGAGGGAUUGAAAAAUCCUGUCUUGUUCACUUCCCUUUCUUGAAAAAGUGGCCUUAGUUUUUUUGCAAUACUUGAAUAAGUGUGUACCUGCAGAAGAUCUUCAGUAGCACAGUGAUAGAGACCUUUUAAGUGACUAUUCUGCGAGGAGCUGCGUGCAGUUCCGACUUUCAUAUCCCUUUGCUACCUUAAGAACAUUAGGAAAAUAAAGUACUUUUCAGCAGAGAAACAGUUGAAUCUUAUAAGGUAUUUAGUGCAUCUGACAUGUUUACAAAUCAACUGAAAUGGAGAAAAGGAAACUAUUGAACUUAUUUGUAAUUUAAACAUUAAAUGCAAAAAUAUAUACAGAUGAAAGAGGAAUACUGUAAUUAACUUGCAUUUACUAGUUUUUUCCUUGACUUUGCAGAGCCUUUUGAUAUACAUUUGCAAAGCCGCCUUUGGGAGGCUCAGUCUCCCUGCGUACUGUGUUGUGGAGAUGCUGAAAAGAAACACAUUUACUGUGUUUGUGUAAAUAACCUGGUAACUUGGUUUUUGGGCCAGUUUCAGCUAGUGUUCACAUCCAGAGCAGCUUUGCACAGUAGACAGACCCAAGGAUGUUGGAGGGGUUUGGUUUUUGUUGGUUUUUUUUUUUUUUUUGUAAUUAAGAACUGUAAAAUAACCAGGGUGGUCCCUGUGUACACCAGUGUAAAUAUCUUUGGUAACUGAAAUGUACUUUAAGAGAAC